AAUGUUUUACUUUCUCAGUCAUAAGCGGUUGUCCAAUCAGGCUCUCAUUCUUGUUGUUGGGCCACAUAGUGUGUAUUCAAAAUGACUAAAAAUACAGGCAAAAAUACGUCAUAUAUUCGGCAACCUGGCAAUGGAAACCCAAUUCACUUACAUAUACCUGGCGAUACACCGAUCCAUCUUCAUGUCAAUCAAAAAACACAGGUGUCUCGUAUGCCUGGUUCGGCAACUCCAAAAACACCUGAUACCAGUCAGUACCAAGCACCAUGGGUCCCACCACCAGGAAAAACAAGUUCAGGGCGGUACGUAUACGACCCGACACGUCGCGUAAGAAUGAAGUCUAAUGAAAGGAAACCCCGAUCACGUUCUGUGGAAUCUAUUAGUGAUGUACAUAAGGAUUUUAUACAGUUAAAUGAUAUGGAAUCUGAUAAAAAGCCACAGGAUCAGUACUCUAAACAAUUUAGUCCCCAUGAUAAUAUUUCGAUGCAAGAGCAACCAUAUAGUUCUGUGAAGCAUAAGGAAACAAUUAAGCCUACCUAUAUCGCAGGAAAGAACAAGGAUUUUGAAGAUGAAUGGAUUAAAGACUUGGAUACUGCGACUAAUCAUAUUGCAAAAUCAGCAAGAAAUAUAGUGGAUUGUCUAGAACAGGUUGCAUAUGAAGGAAGACGUGUUGACUCACAUGAUAUGUCACGUAUUGUUCAACCAAGGGAUGAGUUACUAUUACAUGCUGAAGUCGCUGGAUGUGCAGGACGAGAGUUAUGUCGCUGGGCUUCAAGUAUUCAACAACAACAAGAUCAAAUUUUAAAUAAUCGCUUAGCUCAGACGCAAAACCGUGAAGCCACUUUAACCUCUGAAGUUCGACGUUUGACAGAAAAACUGGGCCGAAUGGAAGUUGAUUUGGAACUGGCUCGUAAACAAUUGGAUGACCAACAAAAUGAAAGCUUGAAAUUCAAUACAGUACAUGAAUCCAUGGAGUCUGUUAAAAAUCACUUGCAACGUCAACUACGUCAACGUGAAUCAGAAUGCAGCCGUUUGUCUGUCCAAGUACGUAAUUUGGAAACUCGUCUAGCAGAACAGCAAGCACAGAAUCAAGCUCGUCUGGAAACAGCUGAAGUCAGUUUAGAACGUAUGCGAGAAACAAAAGAAGCAUUGAAACGAGCUGCUAAGUCACAGAAACGUCGUGCAGAUGAAGCUGAAGAAGCAUAUCGUGAAAUUUCUCACAAGCUUGCUACUCAAGAGUCUAUUAUAGCUGGUUUUCAGACGGAAUUGGAAAACUGUGCUCUUAGAUCUAGAGGUCGUAGCAAGGAGCGUCAGUUAAAUGAUGUAGGCAUUAUGCAUGAUGGUGGAAUAGUAGAUUCAAAUAAAUCUAUGUAUGCAAAUGGUGAUAAGAGUUUAAGAGAGGAAAAUCUCCGAUUACGUGAAGUAGCUUCGAAAUGCGAACAACGUUUACAUGCAGCUGAAGAAGAACUACAGCAUCUGCGUACUAGUUUGUCCACUUGUGAAGCUUUACUAAAUGAUUAUCACGGAGAUGCUGCAAUGCAGGCUAGUCGACUACAUACGUUAAAUGAACGAUUAAAAGUAAUCUGGUUUUGUCACAUUUAGUGUUUAAUUUUUUAAUUCUUUCUUCGUGAUCAAAUAAUAAUCAUUGAGUAUUGCAUUGUUAUACGAACGUCAUUGAUUAGAAUUCUCAUCACAUAAACCGCUGACUAAAUUAUGGCAGAGUAAAAGAACAGCAGAAUAGCUUAGUAGAAUCAUCAUUUCAAAAAGUCAAAAUGCUAUUAAUAAGUGAUUCAGUUUAACAUAAUUGAAAAAUGGUCGGAGAGAGAUUUCAUGUAAUAUACUUCAAAAUCAAACUCGAUGAUGCUGAGGAUCCAUAUCUCAUGAUUACUUUAUGUUCAUUUCUUCUAGUUUGUGUUAUGCUGACAGAUUAUUGUUAGCUGUCUCACGAAAGAUACCUUCGUAAAUGCGUGUAACAUUUAUAUUCCCGUAAUUAUAUUUAAAACGAAUUCUGUUCAACCACUACGAAAUGCGUAAGGUGUUUUCUCAAUGUCAAUUCAACGGAAUAUUGAUAAUUAUAUACAGACUAAUUGUCUGUUUAUGGGGCUUUUUCUGGUUAUCCUCAGAUUCACUACAUUUAUUUUCUAUUUUACUGUCUUGCCCUUCAGAUUGUGGUAUGUUAUGAACUUCAACCACACUAGGGUUCAGAUGGUUAACUGCUACCGUAUGUAAUUUGACACUAACACAGGUUUGACUCGUUCUUGUGAAUCUAAACAUUUGGAUUGAAUUAUUUACAUUGGUCUGUAUCUUUAUGGAAUCAGAAAAACAACUGGGCAUAUUUCUAAGCUGUAGAGUUUGAGAAUAAAGCUUCUCUUCAGUAGGUUGAGGAUAAAUGUCUCACUUUGCCGAUGAAUAGUGUGACUUGUGUACGCAGAUACAGUUUGUUGAUAAGUAACAGUAAUUAAAUAAAUUUGGGUAUGCCAACGCCUUCUGCGAGCCGUCACUUUAUAGUCUUUUGCUCCCGUGUUUUUUAUUAUCUGGUGAGAUAUUAAUGUUUUACAGAAAACAGAAUCUGACAGAGAGCGUAGUCAGAUUCAGUUGGAUGAUGUAGAACAAAGAUUGCUUGAAGCAGAACACCGUAAUCGUAUUCUAGAGGAUGCGUUACAAUCAAAGGAAUCCCAGAAAGGCGAUUAUGUGGCUAGCACUCCGGUCAAUACAAAACAAUCAUCGAAAUUAGGAGAAUGCGACCAACAAUUGCAUUUGGACCGUGAGGAUUAUUCUGGUCAGAACAGUCAACUGAAUGGAAGUGCUAAUAUAGGCAUAUCAAAAGAUCAAAAUAUAACAGGCACAACAAAUAAUGAAUUAAUUCAAGAACUAAGAAGAGAAUUAUGUGAAGCUCAGAACGAAAAAAAACAAAUAGAAAAUCGUACUGAAAUACGUUUAAAUGAUUUGAGAGCUCAAUUGAAUCAAGCUGAUGCAACAAACCGAAGUUUACAGGCAUAUUUAACAUUUUUAAAGCGUUCAUAUGCUAGUGUAUUUCAACCAGACAUGUUAAUAAAUCCUUCAUUAAUCAGUCCUUGUCAACCUAUUGCAUGUUCGUUAACAACUCAAUUGACUACCAAUAAUACAAUAUCAAAAAAUACACAUCGUGAAUGUGUAUAACCCCUAAGACUAUAUGUAUACAAACACACAAAACAGUAUUUGGAAAACGUGCUUCCUCAAUAAACAUCACUUAACAGUGAUGUCUAUCACUUAUUGUUGCUAUCUUAUUUUAUGAACACCAGUUUAUUAAACAAUGCAGGGAAAAUUUACCUAAUUCAGUAUAUAAGUUUCUUUUGGCCUUUUUAAAGGCUUUCUUUUAUUUUCUCUUGAUCCUAAAUUAAGUUGAUUGAAACUUGGGAGAAAAAACUAGAUUUCUUUCUCCUGUUAUCUCUAGUAUACAAAAUAUAUAAUACUCAUUAUGUUACGCAUACUUCGAUUCUAUUGCCUGUGAUAAUUUUGUUAAGGAUACUUGUUUUUAUACUUUCAUCAUUAUUACUUCUCUUGGAAUGGUAUUUAGUAUUAUCAUUACUAAUGGCUAAUUUUUCUCUAAUAAUUUCCCUGUUUAUGCUUAUCGAUUUAAAAAAAAUCAAAUUGUUCGUAUUGGUCAGUUUGUUGUUUAUCCGUUUUGUUUACUUUUAUACUUGUUUACACACGAACGUAAACUCAUCUAGCAUGUUGGAGUUUUGGAUUCUUAUAGUAACGCUGAAAAAAUCCUGCUGUCUGAAGUUUAUUGAUUAAAGGUCAAUAUUCCU